AUGAGUAUCUUGCAGAAGAUCGCCGAAAUCGAGGCCGAGAUGGCCCGGACUCAGAAGAAUAAGGCCACCAUGGGUCACAUCGGUCUUCUGAAGGCUCGACUGGCAAAACUGCGACGCGAGCUGAUCGAGCCCAAGGGUGGCGGUGGAGGUGGUGCCGGUGAGGGCUUUGAUGUAGCCAAAACUGGAGACGCUCGGGUCGGCUUUGUUGGCUUUCCGUCCGUUGGAAAGUCAACUCUGCUGACCAACCUCGCCGGUGUCUACUCAGAAGUUGCAGCCUACGAAUUUACAACACUGACCACCGUCCCCGGGGUCAUUCGUUACAAAGGCGCCAAGAUACAGUUGCUCGACCUUCCCGGCAUUAUUGAGGGUGCUAAGGACGGAAAAGGUCGAGGCAAGCAACAUAAGCGUUUGCUUGAACACGAGCUGGAGGGUUUCGGUAUCCGGUUAAACAAACAACCACCAAAUAUUUCAUUCCGGAGGAAAGACAAGGGUGGUAUUAAUUUUCAGAGUCUGGUUCCUUUGACUGAGUUGGACAAGGACACUGUCCAGACAAUUCUGACUGAGUACAAAAUCCACAAUGCUGACAUCACUUUUAAGUGUGAUGCCACCGCGGAGGACCUUAUUGAUAUUAUUGAAGGAAAUCGUGUUUAUAUCCCCUGUAUCUACGUUCUUAACAAAAUCGACCAGAUUUCAAUUGAAGAAUUGGAUGUCAUUUGUAAGGUUCCCCACUGUGUGCCUAUUUCGGCCCACCACAAGUGGAACUUUGACGAUCUACUUGAAAUGAUGUGGGAGUACCUCAGUCUCAUAAGAAUCUACACCAAACCCAAGGGACAGCUGCCAGAUUACAGCUCGCCUGUUAUUUUGAAGACUUCUUCGCACACUGUGGAAGACUUCUGCAACAAACUUCACAGGAACAUUAUGAAGGAAUUUAAGUAG